AUGGCCUCGGCUCCUGCGUUCUGCGUCGCGCUGCUGCUGCUGCUGCUGCUGGUUUCCGUCGCCGGCGUCCGCGCGGUGCCCCAGGGCGGCACGUCCACCUGCAGCACCGACCUCUUCCACCUCCUCCCGUACCUGCCCUUCAUCGAGGGCACCUCCGCCGUGCCGGCGGACACCUUCUGCGCCAACCUGGGCAGCAUGGUGCACGACGAGCCGCAGUGCCUCUGCCAGGCUCUCAGCAACCCCAGCACGGCCCCCGUCGCCGUCAACAUGACGCGCGUGAUGGCGAUGCCUCGCCUCUGCCGCCUCGACCUCCCGCCCGCCACCGGCUCCUGCGCAGGUAAAGUCCUCCCAUUUGAGCCUCGCGUCCCGUGCCUGUCGUACUGUUGCAGGUCUUCUUCCCCAUGGACCAUCAGCGCCGCCGCCGCCAGCGGUCACUCCUGUCAGCGGAAGCAGCUCUGCAACGGCUAA